AUGGAGAUUCCAAAUUAUGAUUUCAAUGAAGACGAAAAUACAAACUUUAAACAGCUGUACAAGUACAUGCCCAAGUCCAAUUUUAGGAUGCUGAUAUGUGGAAAUUCAGGGUCAGGUAAAACAAACCUACUUUAUCACAUCCUUAUGAAACCAUUAGUCUACUAUGACCAGAUCCAUUUAUACGGCAAAAACCUUGAACAGGAAAAGUAUCGACACAUGAUAGAAACAAUGAAUGAUUUUAGUGGCCAGGUUGGAUAUGACAUAAUGCACUGCAAUAAUGAUGAUAUAAAACCUGUCAAUAGUCUGGAGGGCGAUGCCCAGAAAAUUGUAAUAUUCGACGACUUCAUUUGUGAUAAAAAUCAAAAACCGCUUAUCGUUUAUUUCAUUCAAGGCCGCCAUAAGAACUGCAGUGUAAUUUACCUUUCACAAUCAUUUUAUAAAACUCCGAAAGAUAUCAGACUAAACUGCAGUCAUUAUGUUGUUUAUGAUUUCCGUAGUAGUAAUGAAAGAAAUACAUGACGGGCUUUGCUCACCAAAACAAUUAUGCAAAUUAGGCUAAGGGUAGAUUGAAUCUACCCAUGGCUUAUGAUUAACUGAAACGGGAGAUCACAAUUCGCGCCUUCAUACGACUGAGGUGUUACUUUGGAAUCCUCGGUAAUUACUUUUUCGCACUUACCGACAUCCAAAAACACCCGGCGUGGGAAUCACGAGACGUGUAAAUAAGACAUUUCUUGACAUAAUAAAAAGGUUUUCCAGAUACGGACGCGCAUUUGUUGGCUUUACUCGCGUGGAGACACACGUCAACUGUUACUUUUCACGCGAAAUAGUAUUCAAGGCAUGGCUCUACUGUAAAAAAAAUCCCGCUCCUUAUUGAUUGCACAAUCAUAAUUAUGAAAGGCGAUAGCAAGAAAAAUUAACUCGAAUGGGAUAAUCGAAGAUCAAUAACCAAACCUUAACGAGAGCGGGGUUUAUAUCUGUUACUAAAGAGAAAAUGGAAAUGAAACAUAAACCCUUUGCCGACUCAGAAAAUAUUACGAGAAGCUAAAGUUUACCACCCGAGAAACAUUUUAAUGACGGCCUAUAAUCUAUUCUUACGGAAGGAACGAAAUUAUUUGCAAUUAUGUCGAUCGAACAGUAUACUAUCUUCUGUCUAACUGUGUAGUCGGGAGGAACAUUACACAAAACGGCGUCAGCAACGAGGUUCGAUGUUAUAAACUAAGUACAUUUACUUACCUGUGAUAAAUUAAUGUUUACUCAAUGAGAAUGAUUUAAUCCCAGAGAAACUACGAUCCCCGAAACAGGAACAUUUGGAAUUCUUGGACAUCAGUAGCUACAACCGACUUAUAACAGCUUCAUUUUAAUAGCGACUUCAUUCUGAAAUAAUAAACCGUGCGAUCUAACGCAAAGCUCAAAUAAUAAUAGCAAUAACAAUAAUAAUAAUAAUCCGUCAUCAGGUAACAAUAGCCCAUAAAUGAAAUGACCACCCAAGAGAAACAGAACCAGUUAGUACAAAAUGAAAAUGAUAAAAAUUAGGUCCUGUCAUCAGAUAACAACAGUCCACAAAUGAACUGACUACCCAAGAGAAACAGAACCAGUUAGUACAAAUUGAAAAUGAUGAAAAUUAGGUCCUGUCAUCAGAUAACAACAGUCCACAAAUGAACUGACUACCCAAGAGAAACAGAACCAGUUAGUACAAAAUGAAAACUAUGAAAACUAUGGUAAAAAUUAGGUCCUGUUAUCAGAUAACAACAGCCCAUGAAAUGAACCGACUACCCAAGAGAAACAAAACCAGUUAGUACAUUAUAAUGAUAAAAAUAGAUUUUGCCAUUAGAUAACAAAAGCCCAUAAAUAAACUGACUACCCAAGAGAAACAGAAUAAUAACUGAAGCUAAAUAUUUUCUUUAAAUUGAAGUGACCAGAAAACAGAAAUACCUCACUGUAUUGGGAAUAAUUUGACUAAAAACAAACUUACCUCAAGUCUAAUAUCACUAAUAUGUAACUUAAGUCCGUUUUAGUCUGACCUCUACCUUAAAGAAAAACAGAAUUUACAAGGCCAUCCGGUGGAAUGCUUUUCUGGCGAAGAAGACCAGUGAUCAAACGGACGUGGAAGCGACGUUCACAGUAGCUGGCAUCAUGUUGAAUUCCGCUGCGGCAUAGGCCGAUUUGUCGGGUUCAAGUUCCCGCGCUGCCACGUCUUUCGUCAAGAAAUCUCCUAAAUAUUUCUUUUUUGGAAAAACCCGUCGGACAGACUCCACAUAUUUCUUUUUUGAGUCCAUGCCAAUGCUUUUGGGGGUUGUAACCCUCGACAGACUCAGAAUGGGAAACGAAGACUCAUACCGUCGACGGUCGCCUUCACUUCAAAUGGUUUCGAAAUAAAAACCACAGCGCUUUUGAACUUUGAAAGUGUAAGGUAGAAUAUUAAUUAAUUAGUAAGAAUUUAACUCGUUUACAUCGCAUGAUCGCUGCCUGACCCUCAAAAACAAAAAAAAUCGUACCUGUAUGCUGCCGUCCAUUCAUUUGAGCGGCACUGAAAACGAGUUUUUGCGGCGCUUUCAGUGUCACACACGUCACGUCAUGUCUCAAGAGGGAACUCCGGCACUCGAGUAUGUAAUAUUUCCACAUGAAAUAUGGGUCGCUCCUUCAAAAAUUUUAUCAAAGUGACAAAGGAAAUAUAAAAUGCUUUAACCUAAUGUCUUUUAAGCCUGGCGUGCCCCGUCCAAAUCACCGGCAGUCCGAUCUGGAUUUGUUUAUCGGUUUUACAGACCAACAGUAAGUCUAAAUUCAUGUAAAUUACUUUCUACGGGUAGAUGAAGCGAGCUUUUAUUUUUAAGAAGAUACAUUUCGAAUGAUCAAAAUCUUUUUCAUUUUAAACAGAAAGGUCACGCCGCAAAAAAACCGUUGCGUGGGAUGCUGGCUCCUCGCAUUGCCUCGCGCUCAAACGACGCGUCUCUCGCGGAUACUUGGCAUCUGGUUUACUUAUUAUGUUCCGGUCUUAAUUAAUUUUAUGACACCAAGCAAACACCUUUCUAUCGCGUACCAGGGCAUCAAUUUACGGCGCCUGCUGAGAUUUUUUUUCUUGAGCAAAGCUCCUCAUGGAUCUCUAAAGA